AUGCCCAACCCACCGAUGCAGUUCCCGCUAGAUCCUAACGCACCCUCAUGGAACUCGUCCUCGUGGAACGAUAUGAACAACCCUAUGAACUUUCUUCCUCCUCUGCCGCCACCGCCAAUCAUGAACUUUGGCGGACAACUCCCGGAUCUGCCGGCGCCGCCCAUGCUCAGCGGCUUCCCCUCGUUUCCAUUCGACCCCAUGGCCUUUGCGGCAGCUGGACCUGCCGGUGCACACGCGGCCAACUUGAACGGACAAGUCUCAGCACCCUUCAACGGCCCACGCCACGAUCGAAGCUCCGUCCCACCGGAACCACCAGCACCACCCGCACCAACCGAUUCAUACCUGACGCAGUCCUCGCAACCACCGCGGAAGCUCCCCUUCCCGCGACCGCUUCUCGUCAUCCUAGACCUGAACGGCACGCUCAUCUACCGCAAACACCGCCGCAUGCCGCCGGUGUUCGCCCGCCGCGCCGGCCUCGACCAGUUCCUCGACACCCUCCUGCAAAAAUACAAGGUGAUGAUCUGGUCGAGCUCGCAGCCGGAAACCGUCAACGCGGUGUGCGAGAAGCUCUUCACGGGCAAACAGCGCGCCGCGCUCGUCGCCGAAUGGGGCCGUGACAAAUUCGGCCUGACCAAGUCGCAGUACCGCGCCAAGAUCCAGGUCUACAAGACGCUCAGCACGGUGUGGGCCAGCGACGACGUGCAGGCCUCGUACCCCAGCUCGCGCGCCACCCGCAAACGCCAGAAAGGCAAGAACGGCGGCGCUUCCGCUGGUGGUCCCCACUGGGACCAGACCAACACCAUCCUGAUCGACGACAGCAAGCUCAAGGCCGUUAGCCAGCCGUACAAUAUCCUCGAGAUCCCCGAGUUCACCAACCAGCCCGGUGUCGACGAGGCUGCCAUCUUUCCCAAGGUCCUGCAGUGUCUGGACGCGCUGUCCCGCCACGACGACGUCAGCAAGGUGCUCCAGCAGUGGUCUUCCCAGCUCACGGGGACCAGUGUGCUGGAUUUUGUCGCAGGCGGCGAUGUAGUCGACCCAGACGACGUCGCGGGCGCGCAAAGCGGCGUCUCUGCGUGA